AUGCAUAACGAAAGCAUUAUUAAUUAUUUGAUCUCUCCGAUUGACGACACUUUUCAAUUCCGACUUUCUUUUGAUUCUGGGACGUCUCUUCAUCGUGAACAAGACAUAACUGGAACUACAUCAUCUCUUAUUAAUGAACAAGAUAUAGCAACUACGUCCUCCAUUAUUCACGAACAAGAAAUCCAAAUUGAAUCCAGUACAUUUUCUAAUUCACAUGCAAAAAGUAAAGUUUGGAAUUAUUUUACUAAGCCAUAUGGUCCAUCCCAAAGUCGUAAAACAAAGUGUCAUGAAUGUGGAAAUGAAUUUUCAUAUUAUGGUUCAACUUCUUCAUUAAAAUACCAUUUGGUUCAUAGACAUAAAAUUGACAUGUCUACGAAUUUAAGUCACGUGAAAAGACAUUCGCGACAAAUUCCAAGUCGACGAUCAAAUUUUUUUCCUUAUUCUGAGCCAUCUUUUCUUUCUGAGGGCAAAAAUAGUUUAUUACAAUCUAGUCCAAUUUCUCUUGCAAAUAAGAAAAGUAAGGUUUGGGAAUAUUUUACCAUGCCAUAUGGUUCAUUCAAUGAUAAAAAUUGCAAAACAAAAUGUCUUAAAUGUGAAAUGGAAUUUUCAUAUAAUGGUUCACCUUCUUCUUUGAAAUAUCACUUAAUUCAAAAGCAUAAUAUUGAUAUUUUUACUAAUUCAGACUUAAUAGAACUAUAG